UGGUAUAGGCUAGUUAUGUACAGUUGGGAGUGUAACAGAACAAACCUAUUCAGCCUUCGCGAACACACCCUUUCCAUUUUCUCCAAUAUUCCGAAAAUGGCGGCUUUCUCUUCAACAAUCACUUUUAUACAAAACCCUAAACUCUCCAUCUCCGCCGUCGCUUCCGCCACCGCCUCCGAACUGCCGCUCCCUCACUCUCUUUUUUCACGCUGCUCUAUCAAGCAUCGUUCCAUCUCACUCACUGCCAAAUCCAUAACUUCCCAGGCGUCACCGCUGACUGUCACACGCGCCGCCGCAGACGCAUCCGCGGCUCCCUCGUCCGCCGCGACAUCCUUUCAUGGACUCUGCUACGUCGUCGGAGACAACAUCGACACAGACCAGAUCAUCCCGGCUGAAUACCUAACUCUAGUCCCGUCAAAUCCAGCUGAAUACGAAAAACUCGGCUCUUAUGCCCUAAUCGGACUCCCAGCCUCGUACGAGACAAGAUUCAUCGAACCAAAUGAAACAAAAACGAAAUACUCAAUCCUAAUCGGGGGCGAUAAUUUCGGAUGCGGAUCGUCACGUGAGCAUGCGCCGGUGGCGCUAGGUGCGGCAGGAGCUACGGCGGUGAUUGCGGAGUCGUAUGCGAGGAUAUUUUUCAGGAAUUCGGUAGCAACAGGAGAGAUUUAUCCGUUAGAAUCGGAGGUGAGAAUAUGUGAGGAAUGCAGGACUGGUGAUGUGGUUACUAUUGAAUUGGCUGAGAACCGUUUGAUUAAUCAUACGACUGGGAAAGAUUAUAAGUUGAAGCCUAUCGGUGAUGCGGGUCCUGUCAUUGAAGCUGGUGGUAUUUUUGCUUAUGCUAGAAAGACUGGAAUGAUUCCUUCACAUUCUGCUUAAACGUUUUGAGGCAUUUGUAGUAUUGACGUCACUUGCAGAGUUGAUAGACUUGUGAGCACAUUUUUAUGAUUUGAAUAGGUGAUGAAGGUAUAAUGGGUAGCAGUGCAUCGUGCUCUUUUGUUGUUAUGAAGUUGGUUAGAGUUAGAUAUUGCUCAAGUUUGAUGUUAAGCUUCUCAUGUUUUGACUACUAGUGUACAAGUAACAAUGUAAAAUAAAUGUUUUGAAAUUUAAUCUAAGGAACUUGUGUAUUUUAA